AUGGAUGUACCCACUCCACAACUAGUUGGAAUUCAACGAACAUCGACUACAAGCAACUCCUACAUGGAUGUACCCACUCCACAACUAGUUGGAAUUCAACGAACAUCGACUACAAGCAACUCCUACAUGGAUGUACCCACUCCACAACUAGUUGGAAUUCAACGAACAUCGACUACAAGCAACUCCUACAUGGAUGUACCCACUCCACAACUAGUUGGAAUUCAACGAACAUCGACUUCAAGCAAUUCCUACAUGGAUGUACCCACUCCACAACUAGUUGGAAUUCAACGAACAUCGACUACAAGCAAGUCCUGUGAAUCGGUUACAGAAUCCCAUACUAAUAACUUUCAGCAAUUUUUCGAUAAAUAUUCCGAAAUGUAA